AGAGGUUUGAAUCCAGUCGGCCGCCAUGCUGCGCUGAGAGAGAGCGACACGCCAAACUUUGUCACGCCGCUGCUGCUGCACCGACGCUCAUCUCCGAACGCACCGGGACACAGAGGAAAACCUCCCCACGACUGCUGUUGUGACGUUAGCCCCUGGGCCUCUUCCUCAACCAUUUCCAACCGUGUGAAGACGAGUGAAAAGAAGUUUUAAUGAAUCAGUAUUCGCUAGCCGACGCCAUGACAGACAACUUGAGGAUUUUAUAAUCUCUCCGGAGGAAGAGCGUCGCAUCUUGUAAGGAGCCACAGCGAUACAAAAGAGGAUGAAUCAGUCCUGCCAGCUUUCAGUAUGAGGGAAGUGGAUUUGAUGCCUGCCCCCUCUUAGCGUCUGUGCUGCAUGAUAAGAUCAGCCUAGGAAACUUCACAGUUCCGAAGUUAUCAGAAGCUAAUAUGGGAUUUGGCGUGCUGGGAGUGUUUCUGGGGCUGCUCCUGGAGGUCUCCACCCAUGGACCCCACGCUGUGCCUCGAACCUCCUGGAGACACCAAGAUUUGGAUCUGAUGGAGUUUUCGGAGCCCGACAUCUUCAACUACUCCACAUUGCUGCUGAGCGAGAAAAAGGACGCGCUGUACGUGGGAGCCAGGGAGGCCAUCUUUGAGCUCAGCAAGAAGAAUGUGACAGUCAGAAACAACAAGGUUCAGUGGACAGUUGCAGAAAACCCCAUGAUGAUGUGCACGCUUAAAGGAAAAUCAAAGGAGAGGGAUUGUCUAAACUACAUUCGAGUACUUCAAGUCGUAGACGACGAGCGGUUGUAUGUCUGCGGCACACACGCCUUUCAGCCUCAGUGUGACUACCUGAACCUCGCAGACUUUUCGUUGGACGGCCGACCUGAAGAUGGAAGGGGAAAGUGCUCGUUUGACCCCUCGCAAAGCUUUACGACGGUCAUGGUUGAUGGAGAGCUGUACUCAGGGACAGCUUAUAACUUCUUAGGCAGUGAACCGAUUAUUUCCAGAUACUCUCCAUCCCAGUCCCUGCUGAGAACAGAGUACUCCACAUCAUGGCUCAAUGAGCCCAGUUUUGUUUUCGCCGACGUCAUCAGGGAAGGUACGAACAGAGUCGAUGGCGAGGACGAUAAAAUCUACUACUUCUUCACUGAGGUGUCAGUGGAGUACGAAUUCUUUGGCAAGCUGCUCAUCCCCAGGGUGGCGCGCGUCUGUAAGGGUGACCUCGGGGGGCAGCGCACUCUUCAGAAGAAGUGGACGUCCUUCCUGAAAGCCAAGCUGGUCUGCUCCAUGCCUGAGCUUAACUUUGUCUUCAACGUAGUGCAUGAUGUCUUCAUCCUGAAGGGGACGGACUGGAGGGACACGGUCAUCUACGGCGUCUUCACCUCCCAGUGGGGUAAUGUGGGUUUGUCAGCAGUGUGCUCUUACAACAUGACAGCCGUGGAAGAGGUCUUCUCCAAGGGCAAGUACAUGCAGAAGGCCACAGUGGAGCAAUCCCACACCAAGUGGGUCCGGUACAACGGCAUCACUCCUUCUCCACGCCCUGGAGCGUGUAUUAACAACCUGAUGCGACGGCAGAACAUUAGCAGCUCCCUCCACCUGCCGGACAAGACCCUUCAGUUCGUUAAGGACCACCCCCUGCUGGAGGAUCCCGUCCUGCCCAUCGGCAACGGGCCUCGCCUCAUCACCAAAGACGUAAACUACACUCAGAUCGUGGUAGAGAGGGUCCGAGCGCUCGAUAGGAACAUUUACGACGUAAUCUUCACUGGAACAGAUAAAGGAGUUCUGCACAAGUCUGUGGUGUAUGAAGGAGAAGUGCAUAUUGUGGAGGAGAUCCAGCUCCUGAAGAACUCUGAGUCCAUCAAGAACCUCCUGUUGUCCUCUGAGACACGAUCCCUGUACGCUGGUUCAGACUCAGGUGUAGUCCAGUCACCCACAGCCUUCUGUGGCAGGUACCUGUCCUGCGAUGACUGUGUCCUGGCUCGAGACCCGUACUGCGCCUGGGACCCUCACACUGCUGCCUGCGUCAAUAUCUUUGAUGCUCCCAGCCAACGACAUAGGAGGCUAAUCCAGAGCCUGAACGGUGACGCAGACAAGUGUCCUUCAGUGUCAGGUCGGUCUCUGAAGGACUACCAGAGUGUGACAGUGAAACCAGGGAGCUCCGCAGAGCUGCCGUGCCUGGUACACUCCAACCUGGCCCAGGUGGUGUGGAAAUCCAACGGCUCGGUUCUCACCGAGGCCUCUCGCUUCCACCUCAUAGCCGAAAAUGGUCUCCUUAUUUACAGCGUGGCUCCGGAGGAUCAGGGUCACUAUGAGUGCUGGUCUGUGGAAUGGGCCCCUGCCGCUGGGAAGAACUUCACCCGCCUCCUGGCUGCAUACGUCCUGACUCUGGAUCUCCCGCCCAGACCCCCGCACCAGGCAGGCCACGUGGCCGCCACCACCCUCGGCGGCCAGGAGACAUCUAGCACAGCUGAAGGUAAUGGUAAGAUAGACAGAGCCCCACUAACCCCGGCCCUCGCCCCUCCCAGCUUUACAGCCACAGUCCAGUUCACGUCCCCACCCCGAACUGACUCAUCACUAACACCGCCCCCCAGCAGCACAAUCAAGUUCCAGCCAAAGCAGCAUCUUCCCCCGAGCUCCAACGCUCCCCGCCCAGACAGCCAGGACCCAGCGGCCGAGUACUUGCAGCACAACAACAGCACCGCCCUCCUCUUCCUCUUCCUCCUGUUUUUCCUGCUCUUCCUGGCCGCGCUGGCGUACAACUGCUACAUGCAGUAUCUUCCAGCCCCCUGCCUCCGUCUGCGAGCCGCUCUGCUGGGCACUCACAAGAGCGCCCAUCAGCCCGAGUAUCGGGCCUGUGAAGCAGGUCUAAUGGAAGCGUCUACGACGGACAAAAUUAACAUGACGGAGCAACCCACGCAGAACGGCAGCCAAGCCACCCAAAACCUCCGGGCGCUCCGUGAUACUGGGUAUGAGACCGAGCCAGAGUGCGGCAACGGUCGGAUCCCCUCUCACAGCUUUGGAGAUGACAGCCCCUCCCAGGAGAAACCCUUUGAUGUGGACUGUGAAUCUCAGCCCAUCCAGUUUGCAGAUGCAGAUGAACCGUACUGCUAGCCAGAAGCCUCUGUUGGGCUUUUGCUCCUCUUAGCAUACAGACUAUACUACAGGGGGGGUCACACUCUUGCUGCAUCUUCCCCUUCCCCUGACCUACAAGUCUAAGUGUUUUCCUCCAUAUGAAAGCAUGUGUAGUGUACAGCGUCACUUGAAGUUUAAUCAUUAUGAGGCUUAAGUCAGAUAUCCCACUUGCCUGUAGAGAUGUAACUCCUGCUGUCUGAUUUAGGACUUAUGACGAUAAAGCAAAAACUGUAUCCAUGGAAGCUGCAGCCCCUCAGCUUAGUCCAGCAAGAAAAGCUAUUUCUAAAAUUCCAAAUUGGAAACAUUGUUUACCAAAUUGGUAAGUUACCUUGAUGUUUUCCAAAUUGGAGUCAUGUUUUUUGUACAGCCUGGAUGAGAAGUAAUCUUUUGAAGCUUUUGCUUUUUUUUUUUUUUUUUUCCCUCUUGAAGCAAUGUGUAGGCCAUUGGACUUGGCUAAAUGCUUCAACGUUACAGUAAUUUCUCAGGGACGAUUUGCUCAGUACAUCAUGGCCUGGCUUUGUUGUGCAGUGUUGCCAUCUGCAGCACCUGGUAUGUGGGCCUUAAUCUCACCCAGCGAGGUGGCAGUGUGGGGUUUGAAGGUCGGGAAAAGAGAAAAACAAGUGGACGAGCGACGACUUGCAUGUUAGAAAAAUGCUGGAAUGAAUCAAACCACUGUCUUGUGUAGAAUCAUCUUGAGUGUUGAGUUUCUCUGUAUUUUAUUUUUGAAUUCGUGAAGUCGACGUGCGUGGAUACAGCUCUGAUGGCCCUGUGUAUUAACCUCUACUAGUCAUCCUCCCUUGUGUGCUCUGUUUAUAACAUAAAUGUGUUAAGUAUGACGUGAUGCUUGAUUAAAUCAAUCAUCAUUUGUUCUCUCUCUCUUUUUUUUUUUUUAAACAGCCCUGGAAACAAUCUGAAGUUAUUUUUUUAUGUAAUUGUUUUGAAUUAAGCCUUCAGUUUUAGGACAUUUUCAGAGAAUUAUUAUUUAAGAUGAGUCGCAUCUGUGGUAAUUUUUGUCCAUUGUGUAAGUAGCUUUGAUCUUCCUCAAUUCCUUUUAUUUUAUUUAUUGCAGCUGAUUUGGUUUUUAGAUCAUCCUAGUCCUCACUCAUUAGACUCCCUUUUGUCUGGUUUGCAUGUCAUCCCCUCGUUUAGAUUUCCUAUUUUCCUCAAUACUCUUUUUCCAUCACUCCCUCCUUCACAGCCUCCUCUCCUGUCGACACUUCAUCUCCCCUGUCCUCCUCUGGAAGUAGCACUCCCUCUGCCUUCCCUUCCUCCUCCUCUUCCUCUUCUUCUUCCACCUCCUCCUCCACGAAGCCCCACAGUGUGGAGGCCCAGGAGGCAGAGGUUAGACUGUUGCCUCCCCUGCUGAAGGACCAGGCCUGGGGGGUUCAUGCCCAGGAGGCCUUCCUGCUCUUCUGCCUGGCUUUGGGUGAGUGGUGCCUGUGACAUUGACUCGAGCCCAAAAUCUCCUCUUGCUCGGUGUGGAAAUCUUACUCCCCUCCUUUUUUAACAUUCCCCUUUCUCUGCGCCAUUGUUUUCACUCAUUCUCUAAUUUCUACACCUUGCAUGUUACCAUUUCCCAGACAUAAACUAACCGGGAGUGUGUUUCUCCAUUUGUUUAAAACAAGCCUGCCGUUUGCUUUGAGGUGUUACUCCUGGAGAACUGUUCAUCUCUGCAGAAUGAGUGAAUGUUUAAAAAGACAAAGCUUGGAUUCGAUAUUAAACUGUCAACCUCUCUGUGAUCUGGUUCUCUUACAGUUCUCAGUUCCUUCUUAAUGAAAGGUACAGUUUUGUGUAUAUUAAUGUGUCACAACAGUCUGAUGUGAAAUAUGUCAAAUUUAGAAGUGGAUCCUUUCUUCCAGGGUGUUGAGAGAAUCUCUCAUCAGAACAAAUUAUAGUAUGCUCAAAUGUCUUACAUCUCAAGACUUCAUCUGGAUCAUUUUUUGUGUCUGUAAACAAGUGUAAAUAUAUUUGUAUAUAUGGAAAAAUACCUUUGCAGAUGUACAUAAAUCUAGGGGACAUUUUGGGACUAUUGCUCUUGGUAGGGAGGCUAAAUAAAUCUUGUCAAAUGUUUUCAACACUGGUUUGUUUGUUUGUGGACUCAUCACUGAGGAUAAUUGGAGAAAGUAUGACAGUAAACUGUAUGUGGAUAAAAGAUAAGGAUUCUGUUGCAGAUACUGAAGG